AUGGAUUUAAUUAGAGAAAAACUAGCAUAAUUAGAAGAAAAAUCAUUAUAACUACAAAAGCAAGGUAAAUAUGGUGAAUCAUUAGAUACAUUAGAGGAAGCCUUUAACUUAAAAAUAAAUGCAUAUGGAGAAAAUAGUGAAGAAGUUAUAAAAACAAGUGAAAAAUUAUGUGAGUUAUGCAAUUUAAUAGCUAUGGUUUGUUUAACAAGAGAACGUUUUGAUGCCUGUUUUGAAUUUUUAAAAAAAGCCAAGGUAUUGUGUUAAAAUUCUCCAAAUUUUAAAGCCGUAACAUAUAAUAAUAUGGCCUGUUAUUAUAGAAGAACAGGGAAAAUACGAACAGCAUUAGAUUACUUGAACAAAGCCUUACAAAUCGAAAUUACAUAAGAAAAAAGUUAAAGUUUAGCUGAUACACAUUUGAAUUUAUGUGCUGUAUUAUCCCAAUUAGGAAAACAUGAAAGUGCUUUAGAACAUGUAUUAAUGAGUAUAGUGCUUUUAUAGGAAGAAUAUAUAUAAAAUAUAGGAAGAAAUAUCAAUAAUAAUAAUUAAAAUACUAAUUUUAAUAAUGAAGAAUAUAAAGAAUUUAAUGAUAGAAUUGCUGUUUUGGCUAUUGCUUUUCAUAAUUUAGGAGUAGAAUUAGAAUUCUUGAAAAGAUAUGAAGAGGCUAUACAAACUUAUAAAAAAGCUGUUAAGUUUUCUAUUGAAAAUUUAGGCGAAAAUCAUAAUUUGGUUGAAAAUUUAAAAAAUGUUUUGGCUUAAGCUGAAAAACAAAUUUAAUAAUAAUAAGAAAAUUAAAUUAAAAGAAAAAUAAUCAAAGGAAAUACUACUUCUAUAAGAAUUAAUAAAGCUACAGGCAUUUAUGGACCUAAAGAUUAAGAAUAAAAAAGAGCUACUACUACAUAUACUAUUUAAAAUUAAAAAUAAAAUAAUAUUAAUAAAUCUCCUAAAACUUCUUUAAGACCUCUAACUUCUAAUUAUGCUACUAAUAAAUAUUAAUCUUAAAAAAAUGAUAAUAUUAAAUAAUUUAGUGAAAAUUCUAUUAAUGAUGUUUCACCUGAAUGA